AUGGAUACUGGUCGAGGUGGACAUGUUUCUUACAAGUUUCCUAAGGUUAACCUGAAUUCCCUUAUCGAGAUGGCUAAGAGAUCCCCUCCUGGCAAUCUGGAAAUUUUCAAAAGAGAUUAUGGGAAGAUUGUAGAAUACGUCAAAUCUCCUCUCAAUAAAUAUCAACACAAUGCACUUCAUACUCUGCUACAGUUCUUUGAUCCUCCCUUGCGAUGCUUUACUUUUCCGGAUUAUCAGUUGGCGCCAACUUUGGAAGACUAUUCAUGUAUUCUGGGAAUUCCCAUCAAACUUCAAGUUCCUUUACAUGUGUCUAUGGAGGUCCCUGAUUCUGAACGUAUUACUGCUACCCUUUAUUUGGGCAAAUCUGUGGUGGAUUCUAAUCUCAAGACAAAAGGAGGUCUCCUUGGGUUUCAUUUGAGAUUUCUUUUGGCAACUCUGGAUGCUUUGGAUAAAGAAGAAAAUUGGAAGGUUUUCAACGCUAUUUUGGCUUGCAGUAUCUAUGGCAUUGUUUUGUUUCCUAAUGUGAUUGAUUUUAUCGAUAUGAACGCCAUUCGUAUCUUCAUGGUAGGGAACCUCAUGCCGACACUCUUGGGGGAUGCUUAUCAUUCCAUUCAUUCCAUAAACCACAAAAAGAGAGGUGGCUUAGUAUGGUGUUGUGCUCCUCUUUUGUAUCAUUGGUUUCGAAGCCAUCUCCCUUGCAAAGGAGCAUUCGUAGAUAACAAAGAAACCUUGAAAUGGUCCAAGAGAUUGAUGAGGAUUACUUCCAAUGAUUUGGUGUGGUAUAAUUUAAGAUUGGAUAUGAUGGAGAAAUUUGGGGUAAUUGCGAGUUGUGGGGAAUUCCCUAAUGUACCUCUCAUGGGUAUUAGGGGAGGUAUAAAUUAUAAUCAUGUGUUGUCUCAGAGACAAUUGGACUAUGCUUUGAAAUGA